AGGCUGUUAGUCAGUAGGAACAGGAAAAACGGAUGACAGGAGGACACAGAGAUAAAGAGAGGCAGAGGAGCCAGAGGAGGAAAAGAACUGACACGUGUGUGAAAGAACAGCAGGUGGAUUGGACAGGAACCUGGAUUACACACAGGGAUCUUUUUAAAUUCUGUUUUAUUUGAAGGAAGUUACUUUUUUCUUUGCUGCUGACCAGGACCUGUGCAGGAGGACAAAAAGGAUGGGAUGUGUGGUCAUGCUUUUUUUUUCUUACUGUGGGCCACAAACUGGGUCAACACCUGAGAAGGAGCUGAAAGGAGCAGCAGAGACUGAGGCCGUUUUGUCCUUCUGAAAGAGGACAGACUGAACUGACAGAGGGGAAGCUGAAUUACAAAGAAUAAUCCCUUACUGAAAUCAGGCACAGCUGAUUGAUCCAGAUUGCUGCGUCUGUUUUUUUCUUUCCACUGUGUACGUACAGUUCAAAUUUUAUUUUGAAUUCUAUUUUGUAAACAUUGGUGAGGUAAACAGGCUGUGACGUGCUUUCUUACCUUUGCACAGCACCAUUAACAUCUUCACAAACAAACUUUCCAUACCUUAAACUGGUUUUACAGGCUACAUUUGGACUAACUACAGUCACACUGCUGCAGGAAAUCUAGCCUGACCAGCUGUAGCUUUGACUGGAAGGAAAACUGUUUCUUUUUUAGAUGAAACCUCUCAACUGAAAUGCAUUUUGGGACCAGUGGUCUUUCCUAUGACACAGCCUUUACUCAAGCAUAAAGAUACCCAAGCAUCUUUAGGCCUCAAACAGUCCAAGUGAUCUACAGUUGUCCACAGACUCCACUGUACCUCCACCAUGCAGGCCCCAGGACCUGAGCAUGAUGACUCUUUUGAUUUCCUGUUCAAGAUCAUCCUGAUCGGGGACUCAAACGUGGGGAAGACCUGCGUGGUUCAGAAUUUCAAGUCAGGGAUUUUCUCAGAGAGGCAGCAGAACACCAUCGGGGUGGACUUCACUGUGCGGACGGUGGAUAUCGAGGGGAAGAAAGUUAAGAUGCAGGUGUGGGACACGGCAGGUCAGGAGAGGUUUCGCACGAUCACCCAGAGCUACUAUCGCAGCGCUCACGGUGCCAUCAUCGCCUAUGACAUCACGCGACACCCAACCUUUGACUCUGUGACUCACUGGAUCAAAGAGGUGGAGCUCUACGGAGCGAGCAAUGUAGUGCUGGUUCUUAUAGGUAACAAAUGUGACCUGGAGCAGGAACGUCAGGUUCUGUUCGAGGAAGCCUGCAAUCUGGCAAAGGAGAAAGACAUACUAGCUGCUCUAGAAACAUCUGCAAAGGAGAGUCAGAAUGUAGAAGAAGCCUUCCUCAUGAUGGCCAAAGAGCUGCUGUCUCGUAACGGCCUCAAUGUCCAGCCGGGGGACUCUGACAGCAGCAACACACCUCGAAUUCUCCUUCGGUCCAACUCUCGGCCAGUUAACGGUGCGGUAGCUGCCUACACACCACCAGAGAAGAAAUGUUGCUGAUUCGAACGUGGAUCUGACAGGGAAGAGAGUGAAGGACACUUUUUAUUUGGAAUGUUGGAGAAGAGGAAUGGAAGAAGAUCCAGAGAUGCACAAGGCCUCAAGAACCAAGAAUCUUUGUAUGGAGGAAGUUUGGGAUAUUUAUAGUAUUGAGAAAUGAAUUCAGUGAAGGCCACUUGUCUGUGACUUACCUGGCCUGAGAGAACAUGGGCUGUUUCUUCUCCUCCAAGUCAUGUAAUAUUAUCAGCACGAAAUGCCGUUUGACUGUUACUAUUCCAUGUUUUUAAGUUUGCACUACCAAAAGUAAUCAAAUUUUGAAUGUAAUCACUAAAGCAUCAAUGUGGGGGUUAAUAGCCACGAAAUCUAAGCAUUCUAAAUAUCCUGAAAACCUGCUGGCCUCAGCAUACCUGCCAACCUUGAGACAAAACCGAAGUAGGGGAUUGGGGAUCCUCCAACAAAAAAAAAUCUGCUGACUCAAAGAACAAAAAUAAGUACACUGCAACAGCAUUUUUAUGUUAAAUACUUUUAAUUGUACUUUCAAUUCUCAGGAAAGAUACAGAAUAAUUGCCCCUCUGCUGUGAGUCUCUGGCACAAACGCGGCAACACAACUGUUGAACUGUAUGAUCAUGUGCUUGAUAGAAAAAGCAUUGCAGUAAAUGGGAAUUCUUCUGUC